AGAAGAAGAAGUGAAGAUCCGCUGCUGCUGUUGUGAUGCUGAUCUUCUGAACAAAAGCUCAUUCAGCAUGAACUGAUCACUGCGCGGAUUGACACUGUGAUUGUGAGGCCAAUCCGCCGUGUUUUAUUGAUCACAUGAUCAUCUGCUGGAUUAUCACACACUUCACUGAAUGACAAUGUGACACAUAAUUCAGUGUGUGUGAGCUUGUGUUAAUGACAAUGACGAUGUGUAAUAGUAGCGUGGGUGUAAUAUCACUUUACAAUAAUGUUUCUUUACUAUCAUUAGUUAACAUGAACUAAUAACACUUCUACAGCAUUUAUUAAUCUCAGGUUGUGUUAUUUUUAACAUUUACUAGUACAUUUUAGAGCAAAAGUUGCACAUGUUAACAUUAUUUCCAUGAACUAACACUGAACAGUUGUAUUUUGAACUGAUUGAAAGUCAGAAACUAUUGUGAAAUCAGUGGAACACAAUCAAUAAUCCCACAUUGAUGGACCUGCUGCUCUUGUUUCAUGAAUGUUGUCAUGGUUCGGCAUCUCUGAGACGGAAGUGUGUGUGUUUCUCAUGAGUGUGUGUGUGUGUGUGUGAUGGCUGGGAAGGUGAAGUGGGUGAUGGACAUCGAGAAAUCGGUGCUGAUCAAUAACUUUGAGAAGAGAGGAUGGAUCCAGGUUACGGACAUCGACGACUGGAACUUCUACUGGCAAGAGCUCGAUUCAUUUGAUCUGUUCACACUGACACUGAAACACAGCUGAACCAGAUCCUGAAACACUGAUUUGAUCAGAUCACUUCAUGUCAUCCGCAGGAUGAGCAUCCAGACCAUCCGCAGCAUGUUCAGCGUGGACACCGGCUACCAGCUGACCGAUGACCAAAUGGUUAACCACUUCCCCAACCACUACGAGCUGACCAGGAAGGACCUGAUGAUCAAGAACAUCAAGCGCUACCGCAAAGACCUGGAGAAGCAGGCCAGUCCCUUAGCCGAGAAGGACGAGAGCGGGAAAUACCUCUACCUGGCCCGUCAUGAACAACGACAAGCACUGCUUCGAGUGUUACGGCUAUGACAUCAUCAUCGACGACAGGCUCAAGCCGUGGCUGAUUGAGGUCACAUGACAUCUCUGGUGUUUGAAAAGUCUUCUAUGUUUCUAUCGCUCGUUAUUUCAGCGACCGUGUGCGUCUCUCUCAGGUGAACGUGUCUCCAUCGCUCACCUCCAGCACGGCCAACGACCGCAUCCUGAAGUACAACCUGAUCAACGACACGCUGAACAUCGUCACGACC